UACAAAGUGUGAAUCAAAGUGCAUAAUGUUGGAACACUGAUAAUUAUAAUUAUCACUUAUCAGCAAGGACUUCGUUGCAUCGCUGCUUGUAGUUCUCUGCUUGUUCGUAUCCAGUUGGUGGGUUGUGUAGCUUUAUCAUAAUGGACGCACUUGGCGGUUACCCCAGCAAGAAUGUUGUUUCCUUGCCUUUGCUGCAUAUUGCUUUCGUAAUUGUUAUUUUCUGCGUCGGAGCUCAGGGACAAUUCUGCUCUUUCUUCGGAAAUAAAUCACCCUCUCCGCAACCUGGAUUGCGGAACUGUACGUGGUAUAAGGAAAGUUCGUGCUGUGUGAAUGAGGAGAUCAACUCACUAUUUAGCCAAGUACGAAUACCAGCUAAUUCCAAUGGAAAUUGUAGCAAUUACAUCACCUACUUGAUGUGUUAUGUGUGCGAUCCCAGGCAAAGUAACUUCUAUGCACAGGAACGUCUGACUGUGUGUGAAGAUUUCUGCAAUGAUCUACUGAGUGCAUGCCAAGAUGCUAGAUUACAAGGAGUACGUUUGGGAACACGCUAUGGCACUAAUGGAAGUGCUUACUGCGCUGACCGCCGAUUCCAAGUUUCCUCCAGGACAGAAAGCUGCUUUACGCUAGAAGAGAGCAAGAGAACAUUGGUUGCCAGCAGUUCAUUGUUGAAACCAAGUAUUCUGUUAGUCCUGCUGCUACCGUUGAUUUUGGUAUUGAGUGGAUCAUUCAGUAUGACUGGUAAUGCCGGUCAGAGGAUGACAUCAUUCCUGUUGGUAGCCGUGGUAGUGUUGGUGAUCUGCAGUUCAAGUUCAGCUUUAGUCACUGACAACAACAUCAAAUCCAUGGCAUCGAGCAUACAAUCUUCUCUGGUCACCACUGCUGGCAAUGGUAUACAGAGAGAUCAGCUGCAGAGUCUGUAUGACAAUGCCCAGAGCGGUGUGGAACAAUUGAAUGCCACCCACAUUUUGCGCAGUAUUGAGCUAAAACUGACUGAUCUCACAAAAGAUCUGAGCGAGGCAACCAAGGCAGUGAUGGAUGCUGUACUUUCAGCACGUAGGUCUGCUGCAGCUCAACCAACAGCAUCACCAGCUGCCCGGUCUCUGUCGGCACUCUCAUCGUCUGUGUACCUGGACGCAGAUAGUAUCUUUGACCGAAAUCAAGUACAAGUCCAGUACAACAGUACCUUUCGGCGGCACGUCAGCUUUCAGCAAAGCUCCGUGAAGAUUCCGGAAGAUGUCGACCGCGUCUCAAGCGAACUGUAUGACGUUGUGGACUGGAGUUCCAAGAUUGACAGUGCAUUGAAAGCUAUGGAGACACGGCGCAAUGCCAGGUGGGCUUACUUUGGUUCUGAAACUGGAAUGUACCGAAUUUACCCGGCCUUAGAGUGGCAGAAUAACUUUGCUGGUUUUAGCGUGGACUAUGAUCCUCGCCUGCGGCCGUGGUACAUAGCUGCAACUUCGGGCCCGAAAAUUGUGGGCAUCUUCCUUGACUGCAGUAUGUCAAUGGAGGAGAAGCAAAGGUGGGAGAUGGCAAAGAAAGCUGUGAGUAGCAUCUUGCAUUCAUUGUCUCGUGACGAUCAGGUCAGUGUAGUAUGUGCCCGUGGUGACAAUGUGUCUCCUGGCGGACGUAGAUUUCAGUAUAAUCCAGUAGUUCUUGGAUGCCAGAAGGACAAGAUGAUGCGUGCAACUGCCUCCAACCGCAUCAAGCUCUUGGAGGACCUGGACAGCCAAAACCCGAUGGGCAGUGGAGUCAGCCAUAGAGCUGCUCUAGAUACACUACUUAGCUUCUUUCCAGCAGCGUCGACCUGCCAGAAAGUCUUAAUAUUCGUGACGGACGGCAAGGAUAUGGAUCCGGACGUAUUCAAGAAUGUCUGUUAUGAUAAGAACCGCGGCUCUUUUGGAUGUGGUGCUUUAAAGACUGAUUUUGCAUCACUGUACAGUGCAGUCAACACUGCUCACACUACGAAAUCAAUUCAUGUUGUGGGAAUUGAGACCGGUAUGGAGGGAUCCACACUGCCAGGUACACUGGCUUGUAAGAAUGAGGGUGUUUAUAUCCGGUUGAACUCAACAAGCAACAUCCGCACCAGGCUUAUGCCCUACUUCAGUUAUCUCGCACGGCUUGCCAACACAGAGUCCGAUGCCAUACGCCCGACAGCGCCCUAUGUAGAUGCGUCUGGUCUAGGCCGCAUCAUCACACUCUCUCGAGCAGUUUACGAUCCACACGAUGCGCGGAAACUGCUUGGCGUCGUGGGAGUGGAUGCAGUGCUGGAUGAUGUUGAGAAUACACUACUGGAUGACCAGUUUGGCCUUUCCUAUGCAUUCCUCAUUGACACAGAGGGAAGAGCUAUCAUUCAUCCACGCCUAAAGCCAAGUUCAGAGCUGGUCGAUGAUCCUGUAUACCCGCACAUAUCCAAAUUGGAAUUACACAACGGCAAGCCCAGUGCAUUCUCUGAAACAAAUGGCGUGUUGGCGAACAUGGUUGCUCAGAAAACCGGUCAACGGACAGUGACAGGUCCGCGUGCACAGCAGCGCGGUGCUUUGCAGGAUGGUCUUGUGUGGGUUGACAGCGUCCAGUUCACGUAUCACUACACCGCAGUCAAAUCAACGCAAUAUUCGUUUGCCUUUGUUGUUACCAAGGACGACGCAAGCCAGGUCACGUUAAACCAGCUGUCCUACACCGCAGGACAAGCCCGCAAUUACUACCAUGAGGUCAGUAAGUAUGACAGCGCCAACAGAACCACCAUUGGCUACACGACCAAUAGCAACAACUACAAUAACCUGGCGGUCGCACUGACAGCGUCAACGUUCAAAUUGGCAGGACAAGCCUUCUGCGAUCCAACUCGGUAUCUGUUGUCGGAUGAGCCUAACUCAACUCUUGUUGAUAGCUACUACAACAGUGGUGCCAUGCUGGCUGCCUGCGAUGCUGGUGGAAUAUUCCAACCAGAGACCAGAUCAACAGUCUGGAUAACCCAGCCCAUCGAAGCCACUUGGAGGGCCCGUUCAGCAGCCGUAUCUGAUGAGAUUGUUUGGACUUACUUUGGCUCUGCGAAUGGAGUAUGGAGGAGUUUCCCAGGAUCUAGGUCUACACGCAACUAUGACCCCACCAGGCGUCCCUGGUACCACCGUGCACUGGCAAACCCACCAUCUCAGUACGCCACUUCAUCUGUGUAUUUGGAUGCCGGUGGCAUUGGCAAAGUAGUGACAGUAGCUCAGACCAUAUUCCAGACUCGCUCUGUUCCCUCAGGUACUGGCUUGUGUACUGCAGCUACUGGAAGAGCUGGCAACUGUGCGUGCUCAAAUCAUGCUCAAUGCCAGUCUUUGUACUGCUAUGGUACACCAAGCAUGAUGUGUGCCAAUCCAACGGUUGCUGGAGUAGGGGCUAUUGAUUUCCGCUACACUCAGUUUGCUGGCUUCAUGGAGACAGCUCUAGAUGUCGCUGGCAUCAGUGCAUCCGACAGCUGUAGUACGGGUACUGGAGUCAGCUGUCUAUUGGUGAACGAUGCAGCCGAGGUGGUCUAUGAUAAAAGCUUUGCCGCAGCAGCUGAUGGUGAUCCGCGCAGCUAUGAGAAUGUACCAUUGGGCUACUUGCAGGGUGCUGUCAUGCUGGACUUAGUUGAUCAAGGUGUGUUCAAUCGAUUCAGCUUUGCCAACCUACAAGGCACCUGUGGAAUUUCUCCAUAUGCACCACGGGCAUCUGACCGUGACCUCAUCCUGUCUGCCGAGCAAGUAGACAACUACUUUAAGAAUCAAGGUCCCACUCCUCGCUUUAAGAAUGAGUAUGGCUGUCCAAAAGAUCAGAUACAGUAUCAGCGUAACAUGACAUCUGUGGACUUUACAAAUAGUCUGACCAGAAAUUUCCAGGGCCCGUGCGAUGAUGGAAGCUAUCGUAUCCUCCCCGUUUCGGACACAAACCUUCUUCUACUUGUCAUUCAGACCACGACCAACAAGACAGGCAACCUAUUUAACUUCAACUGCCACAUCUUCAACAAUAUUGCUCGCUCUGGUGGCUUUGAAGCCAAAGAAGUUGCAUGCGGUAGUGAUUCUAGCGAUGUCAACGUAACUUGCCCAACCCCGGUGAAAUAUGUGCCACCAUGUGAGUUUGACAGUGCCGGUGGACUCUCUCACUCGCCGACAUUGAUUGCCUUGCUUGCCAUUGCUGUCACCGUCUGGCCCUUGAUCAAGAGUGAGUAAACGUAGUGUGUUGCUGCCAAACAUACGCGUACACGGUUGCAGACUGUUAUUGGAAUUGAGUGAAGCUUCUUACGUGAAUUUACUGUUGAGAAAAUCAAUUGGGUGAUAUGUGCAUUAGUGUGUUGACAACCUUCCCUUGUCUGGUGAGAUUGGUUAUAUUUUGAUCAUCCCAUGUCCUGCCUUCACCUACCAUAGCAACAAUCUCAUUGUCACAUGUUGUAUUUAGUUGUGUUUGCUGUCUCUCAGUUGUGUCUCUUCAUUCAUUCAUUCAUUCAUUCAUUCAUGUCUAAGGGAACAUAUCAUGCUGGUUUGUAUUUAUAACUUCAUAUACUGCGUAGGCUAGGUGUACCUACUUAGUGGGUGGAUAUAUAAAAAAUACUUGUAGUAAUCAUCCCAUGUUUGGGGGCUUCUAUAAUUUUUGUUGUGCUUCCUGAUAGGCCCAAAGUUUUUCCGAGUUUUUAUUUCUUUUUUUAUUCAUAUGUAGUUUUAUAGACGUGACAAAACCAGCACCCAACCCGUGCUGAUUGGUCAGGCGAAUUCAAAGCUUUUCAUUUUUCCCCUGGCAGUGCCAGUUUAACCCUUGAUCCUAACCUUGAUGAUACAAUGUACUUCUAGCGUGGUGUACUUCGAA